AUCUUCUUCCUUCCUCGUCGCAAUUUCGCUGGAAAAAUCGAUUUUCUUGGAAUCAGCUUGCUUCGUCUCAAUCGUUGACUGUACGUCUUGCAGAUAAGGAUGUCGAAAGAGGGAGAAACGGUGAUCGGAGUUCCGUACUACGCGGGGCACAACCCGUAUCAAGCCGGAAUCGUGCCGCCGAACGCAAUCUACGGAGAUCCGUUGGGUGCUCCGAUCCAGCAAACGAUUUAUCGGGACACUCCCGCUCCUUUCAAUUGCCUCUAUUGCGGCAACACUGGCCUCACCAGUAUCAGAUCAAAACCAGGUGUAGCUGCUGUUGUUGCUUGCAUGAUGCCAUUUAUGCUUGGGUUCUGCUUUCUCUGCCCUUCAAUGGAUUGCCUCUGGAAUAAGCAGCAUCAUUGCCCUCAGUGUGGGAAUAAGGUUGCUGACUUUGAGAAAUCAGAUCCAUGCCUUGUGAUGGAUCCGCCACAGUGGAAGCAACCCAGCUUCGCACUCCCUGCAUGAUUGUUUUCUUAUUAAAAUUGAAUGUGAAGUCGAGUCGUUCUGUUGCUUGGUGAGGAAAUUGUCUGUAUCGUCUAGUGUCUUGACUCUUGUCCCUUCUUGGCUACGAAACAAGGCUCUCCACGUAGAUAUUCUUCAUUCUCUUUAAAAACUCACAGGUAAGUAUGGUAGUGAUGGAGGGAUACUACCCGUUUGAGCCUGGCAUGUUAUAAGUUGCAUAGUUUGAACGCGGCUUGUUAUGGGUCUGGACCAAAAGUAAAUACUAUAGAAUUUUCUCA